AUGUCCGGCAGUGGAAGAAUCUUUGCCGAGCUAGAUGUUGAGGAUCUUCAAUCCCGCGGUCUAGCUGGCCCCCCGACGGCCGAUGGCACCCGCCGUGUACACAAACGCCGCUUGAACCGAUCCAGUGAUGAAGAGAAUGCCGCCAUUCCUCUGAGCAUCUCCCUUCAAUCUCCAGCCGCCCCCACUGCCUUCUCUACGAUUCCCGAUCUUCUCAUCUCUCGCGCCACCCUUGUCUACCUAGGCUUCUCCGAGCAGAAGGCGGAUGCGCUGUGGGCCGAGUGGAGCGACUGGCCACCCACCGGGCCGCGCCGCGAAGUCGAUGCCGACACGGGUGGUGGCCUUACCAUGACGUUCCUCUUCUUCAUCACCGGAACAUUCAGUGGAAACCGUGAUGUCUGGGACGAUGACGACCAGCAGUGGCGUGACUGCCUUGAUGCGUUUGGCAUGUCCGCGGACGUCCAAACCGCCAUCAUGGAUCCUCUCUUCAAGACCCUUCGGCUGACGCAGUCUUGCGCUUUCUGGGCCCAAGACACGGUCGAGAUGCGCUAUGCUGGCCUCGAGGAUAUUCAGCGUGCCUCGCGUGAGAGAGAAACGGGCCUACUGAGACAAGCGAGUCGUCCUGGUAGCUCGUCGACCUCGGGAGGCCCCUCAAGCCAGAUCGCCCAAGGACAACGUCACCAUGAACGCCAGCGGUCAGCCUCUGGGCUCCAGUGCCUCGAAACGCCAGGCGUUCCAGCCGAGAACAUCACGCCGACAAGCAAGAUAGCGGCUCGUGAUGCACCGGGGUACACUGCUCUGUACAAAGGGGUCGACCAAGCCCGCAUACACGGUCUCUUCGACAGCCACGGCACCGUCGCUGAGAUGGAGAGGCUUGUCAGCGCUCCUCCCAGCGACUUCAGUCGCAACCAGCAGCUCUUUUACUUCUCUCCUGACUACAAGGUGGCCCAAAACUACGCAGCCUAUGCCAAGCGUCGCGCCAACUGCGAGGGUGUUGUGAUCGUCCAGGUCCUGGUCCCGAACUCAGCCAUUGAACAGCUCAACGAUACCGAGCUCGUUCGAAUUGACUAUCCCGAUCCAGAGUGGAGAGAACUUAUCUAUCUGUCACGAAGAGGCAAAAGACAUCCAUCGCACAUCCGCAAGUACAGCCUCGCCACAUUGAUCAUCGGUACCAUCGCCUGCAAGCCAAAUGGUGCGUAUCACAGAAUGGAAUCUUGGGAAGAGGUUGACGACCGCUGUGUUCUUCGGGUCCGUGGUCCCAAUGGAUUGUCCAACGCGGUUCAAUUCGUCUUCUCGAGCAGCGAUGCCGGUCUGGAUUUUCUAUCCGAUCACUGUGCCGAGCGUAUUUCUGUCCUCCCCUAUACGAGACAGGAGUUUGAGGACUACUUGGUGGAAGUGGAAAGCUAG